AUGCCAAGCCCCGGGGCGUCGAGCCGGCCUGGCUGGGGCGGGACUCCUUGGGGCGAGGGUGCUGGUGGGCAGCAGGUGAGCUGUCUGUCCCUCGCAGGCUACUGGAGCGUGACGGUGUUUGGCAGGAAGCAUUGCUACCGCCUGUACACAGAGCACCUGAACGAGGCUGUGCACUGGGUGUGCGCGGUGCAGAAGGUCAUUGACAGCAAAGCGCCCGUCCAGACGCCCACCCAGCUGCUCAUGCGUGACAUCGAGGAGCACUGUGGCAGCCCCGAGGUCCUGGAGCAGAUCUACCGCUGCAACCCGAUCCUGCGCUACACCAGCAGCCCCCUCUACGCUCCUCUGCUGCCCUUCCCCUACGGCAGCCUGGACCAAAGCGGUUCGCUCUCAUCCUCCUCCGAGCGAGCGUUCCUCCCGUGGGCGGAGGUUCCCUACCAGCGCCGCGCGCAGCUGCCCCAGUCCCAUCCUGGGCCAGGGCACGUGGUGGAGUGGAGGCUGUCCCCCCCCAAGGGUCUUCAGAGGCAGUGCGGCAGAGCUGCUUCCGCUGAGGAGUGCAGCGGGUGCGUGUGCAGCCAGUGUGACGACUCCACCGCGGCUGGGCAGCGCUGA